AUGGGUCACCGUCUAUCGUCGUUAUCGUCAGGAGUAACAGGCUCACAAGUCGACAAUUCAGCGUUUGAUGAUGAUGCAUCAGGAUCUUUAUCACGAUCCGAAUUGAUGAAUGCUGCUGCCGCAGCGUCAAGCACGGAUGGUCGGUUGGAAUGGGCACGAAACAGGUUUGAAGAUGAGACAAUGGUUGCGUCUGAGCCUGACCUGUUGAUUGGAUUAUCAGUGACAGGUAGAGCGUCGUCGAGUAUGCAUAACAGAGGAUCAUCUUAUCAUCAACAGCAACAAUCCUCAUCGCAUGGCCAUCCGUCAGCCGUAGUUAAUGAACGAUUGUUUGCACCACCAGUGAGUAUCCGACAGCCAUCGGAAACGAUCUCGUCAUCACCUUCAGUGUCAUCUUAUUAUUCCGCAUCCAGCACACCCCCAAACAAUCCCAACAACACUUCACAUCGCAAUUCUUUGAUCAGUUCCAUUGUACAAUCGUCACAUCGACCAAUAUUCGCAUCAAACGCAUCAACGCAUCGAAACAAUACUAGAAGCAGUUCACCGGCUAAUCCUUUGGGGAGUGCGUUUGAGGAUAUGUGGCGUCCAUCGCGAUUGGAUAUAAUUUUGAAUUCACCCGCACCAGAUCGAAUGGUACAAGAAGCUCACGCGUGGAAUCCGGAUGAUAGAUCGUUGAAUAUCUUUGUUAAAGAUGACGAUCAUUUGACAUUUCAUCGACAUCCUGUUGCACAAUCUACCGAUUGUAUUCGUGGAAAGGUGGGUUAUACGAAAGGUUUUCACGUUUGGCAAAUCAUAUGGCCAACUAGACAACGUGGUACACAUGCCGUGGUCGGGCUUGCUACAAAAGCAGCGUCAUUACAUGCUGUUGGGUAUACAACGUUGAUCGGUUCGAAUACUGAAUCGUAUGGAUGGGAUUUAAUUCGAGGAAAAUGCUACCAUGACGCGAAGAAUACAUCAGCGUGGAAUUAUCCGUCACUGUCUUCAUCAUCAAGUCGUCGUCACACAGACACAGACACCCAUUCAACAAACAACAACAACAACAGCACCACACAAAUUCCAGAUCGUUUUUAUUGUAUAUUGGAUAUGGACGAAGGAUAUAUGGCUUUCGCCAGUGAAUUUCAAUAUUAUGGCGUUGCCUUCACGGGUUUAAAAGGCAAGAAGCUGUUUCCAAUUGUAUCAUCGGUGUGGGGUCAUUGUGAGAUCACUAUGCGAUAUUUGGGUGGAUUAGAUCCCGAACCGACUGCGUUGAUGGAGAUUUGCCGUAGAACGAUACGAAGUCGAAUUGGUAAGCAGCACAUAAAUCGUGUAAAUGAAUUGAAUCUGCCGAAUGGACUCAAGAAUUAUAUCUUACAUAAGUAG